AUGAGACGAGUUCUGCAGAGAUUUCCCAGCUUAGUGGCUCGAAAUUCCCUUAACUCACCCACAAAUUUCCGCCUUUUGAACACUAACCAUCGUCUUGUUCCUUCCCUCGAACGAUGCCGAACGAUUUCCCGGUUCGCCUUCUUCUCUUCCGAAUCCAACCCGGCGCGUGGUCCGAUAAGCGACGAGGUUGUCUCUAAAGAAGAGCUGAAAAAGAGGAUAAAGAGAUUUUUGGAUGAUGGAGAUGAGGACGCAUUGCCGUUUUUGUUUGCGGCGUUGAUGGAUAGGAAGUUAACGGGGAAGCACGAUGAAAGUGACGACGAGGUGAUGGAGGAGGUGCGCAAGUAUCCAAUUAACGAUGCUCAUCAGGAGGAGGCCCACGUCACUGACUCAGAUGUUGAGAGUGAUGGCGGCCUGAUGAGUGGUGGUGGUUCGUCUGAUUCCGAUAUUGAGAGUGAUGAUGAUGCCCUGAGUGGUACUGAUUCGUCUGAUUCUGAGAUCGAGAGUGAUGAUGUUCUGACUGAUGGUGAGUCGUCUGAUUUAGAUUUCGGGAGUGAUGAUGCCCUGAGAUAUGGUGAUUCGUCUGAGUCUGAUAUGGAGAGUGAUGAUGGCCUGAGAGAUAGUGAUUCUUCUGAAUCUGACUCUGACAGUGAUUAA